GAGACUGCUAGGCUAGCAAGCGGCGGUCAGUCAGUCUCUAGUCACACUCGGUCGCGACAAGACGUUCCAGCUCUAGCUGUUGAGUCGCAACUCUUGCGCCGAUGUGGUGGUCGAUCUCCCGUUUGUGACUUUGAUUCCUUUCAGCCUUCGCUAGAGUAGAGUAUGCAUAAGAAGGCGAGGACGAAGUUUAGGAUCGUUUUUGUCUGGAAACCACGCAAGUGAAGUAGGUGUGAGAUUACAAGGAAAAUAGAAAGACUUUUCUCAGUGAAAGUGGUUAUUUUGAAAAGAAUUUCCUCUUGUUCUGUGGUGAAUUGUGAUCAGUUUGUCGCAUCGUGGAUGUUAGUACACGUAGUCAUCAAAUAACCAUCUAACCACUGUGAUGCCAGCCUUAUGUAUUGAGGAAUACGCCGCAGAACCCACUGUCACUUGCUACACUGCAGGGCCAAUAUUUAAGAAAAUGAAGGUCCUUAAGAAAUUCAAGCGACGCAUGGGUUUAGCUGGUCGUGGAUCUGGAUCGACGAACUUGCCGCCCUUGACUUUCCACCCAGUAUGUGGAGAUAACGUCCGCAUCUCUAAUGACGGAAAGGUGGCACGGAGAGCAGAGAGUUUCUGUAAGGGCAUAGCCUUUUCUGCGAGACCCAUCAAAAUAGGGGAGAGGAUUUGUCUCAGGCUACUUGAAGUCUCUACAAACUGGUCUGGUGUCAUUCGGUUCGGCUUCACAUCUCAAGACCCAGCUGGACUGAGAGACGCCCUCCCCAAAUAUGCUUGCCCAGACCUUACUAAUAAACCUGGUUAUUGGGCAAAGGCACUUAGUGAACGUUUUGCUGAACAAGGGAGCGUUCUCUUCUACUAUGUGGACUCUGCAGGGGACGUUCACUUUGGCAUUAAUGGAGAAGAAAGGGGUGUGUUUUUUGGUGGUGUGGACACUAGGUCCCAGCUGUGGGGUCUCUUCGAUGUUUAUGGAAACAGCACAGCUGUGGAGUUCUUGGAUCCCCUCGCACAACUCAACAACAGAGUCCGUAUUGUCAACGAUCUGAGUCCUGGUUCAUCGGCUGCUAACUCUCGUGUUUUGCCUCAGUCCCAGACUAUCCCUCAGCCGUCUCAACACCAGCCGCAACAACAAGCACAACAGCAGCCAUCACAGCAGCAACACCAACAGCCUCCUCCACCACCACAGGCACCAAGACCAGAUUCUGGGGUGGAGAGAUUACAGCCUCAAAUGGCCCAGUUGGUCUUGACUCCACGUGCACCUGAUGCUUUACCAUUACGUCACUUUGCACAUACAGCCUUCAAUCCUCUUCCAUUCCACAGAGUCAGAGGACGCAACAUUCGAAUGAAUAAUGAACGAACUGUAGCUGCAAGAACGGAGACAGAAUAUUCCCAUGGCUAUGUUUUCUCUGCAAGACCUUUGAGACCAGGUGAGAGGCUUGUGGUGCAGGUUUUAAGUACCGAAGCUAUGUAUGUAGGGGCUUUGGCAUUUGGUAUGACAGCAGCCAAUCCAGCUGGUCUGGAACCCUCUGACCUACCAGAAGACUGUGACUUACUGUUGGAUCGUCCAGAAUAUUGGGUUGUGAGCAAAGAUGUAGCAGCAUCCCCUCAACCUGGAGAUGAAUUGGCCUUCUCUUUAACUCAUCAUGGCGAGGUGACCUUUUCUCGCAAUGGUGCCACCCCUCAGGUGUUUAUGCACGUGGAUCAUACCCUGCAAAUGUGGGCCUUCUUUGAUGUCUACGGAAACACCAGCAAGAUCCGCACCUUGGGAGUCACACAUGAUGUUCCUCAGAUGUCUUAUGUACAACAAAAUGCCUCUAACUCUCCACCUCGUCGGACAGAGCCUGUUGGGCGGCCUUCCCAUCAGUUAUCGAGAGCAUCCCCUCUUGUUGUCAGCCUUCCACCAAGUCCACCUUCACCGCCCAGUACCCAUCCUCACCCGGUCCCGGCACCUCCUCCAUUACCACCAACUCCCAGGGAUGCCACCCUCAGUGGGCACAGCACUAUGUCAUCUGUUUACAGUGGUGCUUAUAUGGAGCCCGUAUCCGCCACAUCCACUCUUUCUUCCUUGGGUGAACUGCCUCCUGGCCAGACUCUACAUGAGUGCACUGUCUGUUACGAGAAGCCUGUCGAUUCUGUGUUGUAUAUGUGUGGCCACAUGUGUAUGUGUUAUGAAUGUGCCCUGCAACAGUGGCGUGGCCGUGGUGGUGGACAGUGCCCCAUCUGCCGGGCUGUUAUCAGAGACGUCAUUCGAACCUACCGGUCAUGACGGGUCCCCCCUGAUCCCUCUCCUUCACCGCCGCCUGUUCCUCAUCCAAAUGUCACCCGCCCACAUCAGCCCACGGCAUAUCCCCCUCCUACGGGCUGCCACGUGGAUUCGGCCGACCCGUGAUACCUGCUCAUACCAAAGUGGUACUUUUUAAUUGAAAGGGAACCUGGCGCCGGUCAGGGCCUCAUUGUCUAGUCUUGCCCUGCCGCGCAUACCCCGGGUAUGUGCUGCGCCCUAAUUUGUGCAUUUUUUCUUUUUGUUUUGCUUGUAUGUGUGUGACACAAUGUGAAUGUGUUCAGCCUAGGUGGCCAGGGGAGUCACUGGGAGCAGAGAAGCUUCACGAAGAGCAAGUGUUGCUACUUUGGCACCCCUUCCGCCUGUGGUUUUCUAAGUCAUUUCAUGAAAGCGUUGUACAAAGUGUAGAGGUCCUCUGGAAGGGGCACAGUUACGACUAGUCUUUCUGUCCCAUAUACUUUUCCCUUUCAUUAAAUUAUUCCCUUGCAGCCGCCUCCUCCUCCUCCUCAUGUAUGUAAAUAUCAGUGAAAGGGAUAUACUGUAUACAUAAGUUAUUAUAAUUAUUACCCCCAGAAUCCUGCAUUCCUUUUCCUUGUCUUUCUGAAACGUGAUCUUUUUAAUACUCCACAAGGUUAUUUAUGCUAGAGGUCUAAACUUGACCUCCUUCCUUCACACCCCGCUCCACCCCUUCCAGCACUUGUUUUUAUACUGUCGUUGUAAAUAAAUAAUUUUAUAUUCCUCGUUUCAUCGCCAUAUUUUCGAUGUUGAUUCAUCAUCAUGUCCAUUGCGUCAUCAAGAGUUAUAAAUUAAUAAUAAAAAAUCAAAUGAA